GCUCAAUUGUUCGCAGAUGUGAAUAUUGUUGUCAGAAAAUGGCCGGUAGGAGAAAAAUGGGGUGAGGAAAAAACGAGAAUUUUUCGCCGCAAAUGUGAAAUCGGGCCACGCCACUGUAAAGCGAGCGAUGUAAAGACAGUCUGUGGUACGACAUAGAUAGGCCAGACCUUAGAACAGACAACUGAAGAUCUCAGCAGACAACACAAGGCCAUCACCAUGAGUGUGGCUCCGCUAGCAGUGGAGGUAAUUUGCGUGUUCUGCCUAGCGGCGUACCUCCUGCACAAGUACGGGAACAUCCGCCGUCAGCACGUGCUGGUGACGCUCGCCACGCUGGUAGCCUGGUACUUCUCUAUGAUCAUCAUCUUUAUCCUGCCACUGGAUGUCUCCACUACAUUUUACAGGAUCUGUCUGGGGAGCAUACAGCCCCCUGUCACCCCUGCUGCCGUCCUGUCCCCCACUACCAACGCCACCCCCCACACCAACCAGUCCUACACAGACGCCCCCUCUAACGUCACGGGGAACGAUGAUCAGCCAUUGGUCAGGAGGGACGCGCUGUUUGACACGCCCACCUGCCAGGUCCCCUGGAGUUACGUACAGGAACACGUGCUGCCCAACAUGUGGCACGUGGUGUACUGGACCUCACAGAUACUCACAUGGUUAAUCCUGCCCUUCAUGCAGUCCUACGCCACCUCAGGAGACUUUACCAUCCAGGGUAAGAUCAAGACUGCCUUGAUCGAGAAUGCGAUCUACUACGGGAGCUACCUGCUCAUCUUUGGUGCUCUACUCAUCUAUGUAGCAGCCAGGCCUGACCUGCAAAUUGAUGGGCCUCGCCUGAAGAUGAUAGGCAUCACUGCGAGCAACACCUGGGGCCUGUUCCUCCUGGUGCUGUUGCUAGGAUAUGGGCUGGUGGAGGUGCCGCGGAAGUGCUGGACGUCGUCCAAUCGGGAGCAGCUGCUGGCGUACACGCGCUUCCAGGUGGCCAAACUCAGCACCGACAAGUCUGAUGCAGAGGAGACCCUGGAAGAUGUGCUGGAGGAGGUAUCCAAGGCCUCUGAAGCUGUCCGGUACAACCAUCCCCACAGGAAGUACAUGGACACUAUCUUGAGAAAGGUCCCAGAAGACAUGCAGGGCAGACUGAACCGUGGGAUGGAUGAUUACGAGGACUAUCCUGACGGGCGGGCAGCCAGUAUCCCGUCUGGGAAGGACCUGGUGGCCCUGCACAGGAAGACCAUCCGCGCCGUCACGAGUCAGCACCGCACUCAGAUCCAAUGGGACAUCCUGAUGGAGAGGGCCUUCGGACUGGAGGACAUCGCAGAGAGUGAGAAAUGUGCUGAUAGACGAUUCCGGUCAACCUUCCCCCAACAUUACACAGGGAUCCUGAAGCAUGUCUGCACACCAACUGUGGAAUGGUACUGGAAGUGCCUGGUGCGACCCUGGGUGUUGAAGGUCCUGACGGUCAUCCUGGCCGUUUUCUCGUUCGUGGUCAUCUGGUCAGAGGUCACCUUCUUCAACAAGAAGCCAGUUCUGUCCCUGUUUGCCAUCUUCAUCAACGUGGCAGCCAAAAACUAUGACUACUUUUACAUUGAGCUGGCUAGCUGCUUGACGAUCACGUACCUGUGUGUGUGUGUCUACUUCACCGUGUUCAGAAUCCGCAUCUUCAACUACUACUACAUCGCACCUUACCACCAGACUGACUCCAACAGUCUGCUGUUCAGUGGCAUGCUACUGUGCCGUCUGACUCCCCCCCUGUGUCUGAACUUUCUUGGUAUGAUCCACCUGGACAAACAUGUGACAGGAAAUGAAGACCAGGAGAUUGAGUCAGCUUUCACCUCGAUCAUGGGCCACAUGGAUGUCAUCUCCUUCCUCUCUGAUGGCUUCUAUAUCUACUACCCCAUCCUGGUGAUUGUCGUUGCCUUGGGAACGUUCUUCAGCGUCGGCAACCGUUGUCUGGGACUUCUCGGCUUCCAACAGUUCAUCGGUGAUGACGAUAUGACCUCUGACCUCAUCGAGGAAGGCAAGGAAAUGAUAAAACGAGAAAAGAGAAAACGACAGAGGGUUGAGGACGGUGAAGCCAGAAGAAAGUCCUGGAGAGACCGUUACGGUACAACAAAGGAUCGUGCCAGCUCGUUGCAGAACCGUGAUGCCAGCGACAGUGACUCAGGUAGAGGGAGUAUGAAGUCAGGUGCUCUAUAUGGGAAAGAAUCCAGUCUGCUGCACAGAAUCGCUUCCCAGCUAGCCAAGUACAGCCGCGUAAAGGACAAGGAUGACAGUGCACAGGUGGAGCUACUCAAGGACUCGGAGCCUCUCGACUACGAUGACAGCCUUGCGGAGAACGAGGAGUUUGAUCGAGCCAAGUACACCCGCUCCCAAGCAGGGAGGUCAAGUCGCCAGGCUACAGGGUCCCGCUGGACGGGAGGGAGAGGCUACGGGUCGCAGGCUCCACCGAAAGGCCUGUUUGACGAUGUCUGAAUCAGAGGCUAUUAGUCACAGGCUCCUGGAGGCCUGUUUGGUUAUGUCUUCAUCUGGGGUUUAGGCUAUAAGGCAAAGGUUCCCCCUCAGAGGGCCAUUUGAUCAUGUCUGAAUCUAGACUACAAAUGGCAAAAGGAAGGCAGGAGCACUUCUCUGGGGUUUAGGCUAUAAGGCAAAGGUUCCCCCCCCAGAGGGCCAUUUGAUCAUGUCUGAAUCUAGACUACAAAUGGCAAAAGGAAGGCAGGAGCACUUCUCUGGGGUUUAGGCUAUAAGGCAAAGGUUCCCCCCCCAGAGGGCCAUUUGACCAUGUCUGAAUCUAGACUACAGAUGGCAAAAGGAAGGCAGAAGCACUUCUCCAGUACUGGUAGUUUUGCUGUAGUGCCAAGAUUGUGGACGAGUUUGUACAUGUAUGUCUUGUACAGGUAUGGGUGGUUAUACAAUGUAUUCUCUCAUGUGUCAGGCUCGAGAGAUAAUGCAGUAGGCAUGGUGCCAGGUAGUGCGUCUGGAUGUUUAACAACAUGAUCUCUUGUUAAGAAUUGUACAUAAAUAUGCAAAAAAAAGAGAGGAAGAGUUUUUUUGUGAUACAAAUUAUUAGGACCUAAAUCAUUCCUCCACAGUUUUAGGGAACAGGGAGUGUUGGCUGCCUUCCUACAAAUGCAAGUAGAGUUUAACUGUAGAAAGAAAAGCUACGAUACACAUAUCAUUAUAGUAUUCAAAUAAACUACAGCUUUGUACAGCUCUGUACAUAACAAUGCAGCAAAAGGGAGCAUACAAAUAUGGUAUAUAUAUACCUAUAUAUACUUGUAGACAUAAACAUGUUUAAAACAACAUUUAGGAUGAUCACCAGGUAGGUCAAUUGGUAUUACAUAUGAAAAACUAAAAUAACUACAUGUAUAAUACAUCAUAAUUAAACCAGACAUACACAGAGAAACAGAUUCGGUAUUCUAAUG